AUGACCACGAAAUCUUCCUUCCUUCCUCGCUUCUCGCGUAGCGACAUUCCCGUCCUCCCUUUCCACAACCCGCCAGGCUCUCCGAUUCGCAAGAAGCCCAGCGAGUAUGACUUGUCCGAUCUCUCUCCCCGCCCUGAAGAACCUCUCCUAACCCCUAAGCCGCCAUCCCGGGGCCCAGGUUCCUCGUCGCGCUAUCGCAGCGCGUCUCCUUCGGCAGGACUCAGCGACAACGUGAGCAGUGCCGGAUCCUCCUCUAAGAUGAGGCCACGGGUCCUGUUCGCGGGCCCGCCUCCUCCAAUCGCGGCGUCACGGGUGUUCUACCGAGACGAGGAGGACAGGGCCGCUUCAGCUGCGCCCCGUAACCUCGAGGCCUCGUCCUUUGCCCGCAACGUCAACAGCGUCCUUUUCGAUAGGAGCUCGUCCGUACGCACCAGGGGCCAGGCACAAGAAUACGAGCCCGAUGCUAUCUGGCGGAACCUGCAGCGUCGCGAAAACGCCCUCCAGAAGGAGCUCCAGUACCUCCUUGACGCGCAGUCGGCGGGUCUGGCCGUGAAUCUGGACCCGCACGGCGCUCCACCGUCGAGCGCACGCUCCAACGCGAGCGAUGCGGGGAGCAGCACACCCACGGGGUCCCUCUACACUGACGGCUCCACCGCGCGCCGAUCACACAUCCUUGUCGAGCAGCCCACGCGCGCGACUCCGGCCGGCGAGAUAAUCCCCGUGCGACAGCCGCGUAAGAAACCCCUUGGCUUGCGGGCGGCACGCACGGGACUGGCUCGGAACAUUGCAUUGCUGGCAGACCUCAAAACCGAAGAGGAUGUGAACCUGGCAGCUGCGUUGAGCACGCGCAAGAAGGCGCUCUCACAGUUGCGCAGGCUCUCAGCCAAAAAGGAAGGGAUCGCGGAAGAGCUGCGCAUCCUAGAAUCGGACGACGAGGAGCCCUUGGCCCGGGAGCUGCGCGAGUUGGGUGAUCAGCACGGAAGCGUCACGACCGAGAUCGCCGAGCUGGAGGAGCGGCUCGUGGGCCUGCGUAAUAGGAAGCGGUGGCUUGAUGGCAGGAUCCUGGACGUCAGGAACCGCCGCGAGGCGGGCCUGAGCGGCUACAAGGGCGCCCUGAAGGAGGUUGACAGCAAACUGUUGGCCAUGUUGAAGAGACCGCCCGUCAAGCCGCUCGAUAUUGAGGCUAUCGCCGGGCCACAGGAUCACGGGACCGAGGACGGCAGCAAGAACGGCGAUCAAGACGCGGGGAUGCAGUCGCCUGGAGGAACCGAGUUUUUGCGCAUGCGCCCCGAACGGCGGACGGUCGAGAUGGCCAAGGAGUGGUGGGAGAGCGAGGUAGCCCUCCUCGAGCGGCGCAAGGGCGACGUAGACAAGGAACGAAGCGCACUAGAGGAAGGCGUCGAGGUUUGGAGAGGCGCUAUCAAGCUUGUCGCAGACUUUGAAGCCGAUCUCCGGAGCGAGAUGACAGUCAACGGCCACGACGGCGGCGGCGGCGGCGGAAGCAAGGGCAAGAUGCAUGCACCAACCCCGGAGCAAGCGAUGUUUGCCCAGCUUGACAAGAUGGCUACAGUUAUGACGGCACUUGAUGAGCGAUUGCAUCUGGCCGAAGAAAAGGGCUGGAACCUCCUAAUCUGUGCCAUUGGCGCCGAGCUCGAGGCAUUUAGAGAAGCAGACACCAUGCUGCGCGAUGCGCUGCGGGCUGCUGGAUAUAACAUCGACCACGACAGCGGCGGCGACGUUGAUGAACACGAUGAACUCGACACGCUUACGCCUCAGUUAGGAGUCUCUGCCAGCGUGAGGACCUCGGUCUCACGGCUCGGCGGAAUCUCUCCUCAGCGAGGCGUUUCGGGUUCCGGAGGCAAUAUCACUACGCUUGUAGACGUCGAACACGAAGACAAGAACGUAGAGAGCGACAACGAAGUACCGGCGGACCUUCUUGUGACCCUGCCACAGGAUCAUGACAGUCCAACGCUGAGUAGGGAAGACAGCGAGAACGAAGUGCCGCCCGAGUUUCUGGCGCAGCAUCACGACGAUCUCUAG